AUGAACCUCAACAAACUGGCACAAUAUCCACAUGCAGGCAACAAAUGGUACGAUGUAGUGUCGGGAGAUACCUGUGCAAAGGUUGAAGCUGCGUUUGGCAUAACCAAUGCGCAGUUUCUAGCUUGGAAUCCUGCUGUGAGCUCAGAUUGUGUUACCAAUUUCUGGGUCGGUGAUUCAUAUUGUGUUGGGAUUUCCUCGAGCACAGCCAGGACCAGCAGUACUACGGCAAAACCCAGCACUUCUACCACAAAGUCCGGUGCUUCAACGGUCGAAACUGCUCCAAGCAAGCCGACAUUAAGCGGAAUACCUUGCAACUGCAAUCUUUACUACGAUGUAGUAUCUGGUGACUCAUGUUUUGUAAUCGAAGGAAAGUAUGGGAUCACACCGGCGGAGUUUUUAACAUGGAAUCCUUCCGUGAGCGAUGACUGCACUAUCGGCUUCGAUGCUGGCUUUUCGUACUGUGUGGGAGUGAGUACCGCCAAAUGUUCAAGUACAGCUGCAACAGCUUCCUCAACAGCUGUUGGGACGUACUCAAUUAUAGGGAGUGAGUUGUCAGCCAGCUUGGCACCCAUUCCUACAGCAACUGGUUGGCCUCCAACACCAACACAACCUGGCAUUGUUUCUCCAUGUUUGAGAUAUUAUCAAGCAAAAGCUGGCCAAAAUUGUACUGGUAUCGUCAACCUUUACUCCCAUCUCAUCACGAUGGAUGAUUUCCUCACCUGGAAUCCUGCCGUGAGAUCCGACUGCAGUGGGCUAUAUGUAAAUUAUUUUUACUGCGUGGAUGUUCCAUUGGAUCAGUCAAUUCUCCCCAACGCUACUUCGCAAAUUCUCCCAGCCUGGACCCACAUUGCCCCUCAACCAUUGAAUUCGACAUUUCUGCCUGAACCAACAGCAGUUGGCGCUCCUUUUGAUUGCCAAUCAUGGUACCUUGCAGAACAGGGUGAUACAUGUGAUAGCAUCACGUCUAUGCUAGGAUAUUUGGGUGCUUCUGAGUUUCAAAAUUGGAAUUCUGGUGUAGACUGUAGGGAUAUUACAGUUGGAGAUUACUACUGCGUGGCCAAUUACGGAUCCGCUCUUCCACUCCCCUCCACCGUUUCCAUACUGCCCUCUCCUGUACAAUCGGGAAUUACUCCGAGUUGUAAGGCAUGGUAUCUAGCAACGUCUGGCGAUACUUGCAGUUUGAUACCACAAUAUUUUGGCACUUUUUCUGAAAGUGAUUUCAUAUCUUGGAAUCCUGCUGUUGGUGGGACAACUUGUGGUGGUUUGGUGGUCGGAGAUUACUACUGUGUGGCAGUUCCGGGGACCCCAACUUCGGCUACAACAAUAAAAACACAAUCACCUCUUCCAACAAAUGGCGUAGGGCCCCAGCCUGAACAGCCGGGAAUCACAAGCACUUGUUCCACCUUUUGGACAGAUAACUGUACCACAAUCGCCAUCGCUAAUGGAGUCUCCGAGGCCGAACUUGAAGCUUGGAACCCUGCUUUAGGGGACGGUUGUGUUGGUCUGCUACCAAACUACUACAUCUGUGUAGAUGCAACAUCAAAUGGCACUGGCACUGGUUCGAAACCAACCAUAACCACUUCCGGUCCUUUGUCGACCACACCGACGACCUCCUCCAAGACAUCCUCGGCAGUAUCUGUCUCAGUUGCAACCCCAACUCCUACUCAGCCUGGAAUGAGUGCGGGUUGUGAGCGUUUCUACUUGGUAAAAUCUGGAAAUGACUGUUUUGAUAUUGCACUUGAUGCUGGUAUCAGUCUCACCACCUUUUACUCUUAUAAUCCGGGCGUCGGGUCCUCGUGUGGCACUCUGCAGGCUGGGUAUUAUGUGUGUAUUGGGAUUUCGGGGCCUCCUGUUACCAUCACUUCUGGCACGCCAUAUGGACCGACACCUUCUCCUAUACCUUUAUUCUUGAGACUAAGCUCCCAUUAUUUGCCAGAAACGGGUAUGGUAUCCUCCUGUGUCCGCUUCUACUACGUCGAAAGCGGUAACAACUGCCUAGAAAUCGCACUUGACGCGGGUAUUAGUCUCACGAAUUUUUAUUCUUAUAAUCCUGCAGUUGGAAGCGGAUGUGGAGGUCUUCAAGCUGGAGUAUUCGUUUGCAUUGCAACAAGUGGACCAUGGACGACGAUAACUAGUGGGCCACCUGUCAGUGCAACUGGUGUGAGUUGA